CCUCCGCGCUUCUCUCGCUCCAGCGUCUGCCCCGCGGCCCCUGCGCCCAAUGAAACUGGCCGCGAUGAUCAAGAAGAUGUGCCCGAGCGACUCGGAGUUGAGUAUCCCCGCCAAAAACUGCUACCGCAUGGUCAUCCUGGGCUCCUCCAGGGUGGGCAAGACGGCCAUCGUGUCGCGCUUCCUCACCGGCCGCUUCGAGGACGCCUACACGCCCACCAUCGAGGACUUCCACCGCAAGUUCUACUCCAUCCGCGGCGAGGUCUACCAGCUCGACAUCCUCGACACGCCCGGCAACCCC